CAGCUCCCACUCGGCCUACUCCACGCCGCGCAAGGCCAUCCCAUGCUGGUCGAGCUCAAGACGGGAGAAACGCUGAACGGCCACUUGGUCAGCUGCGACACCUACAUGAACCUCACGCUCAAAGAAGUCGUGCAGACGAGUCCCGAGGGAGACAAGUUCUUCCGACUAGCCGAGUGUUAUGUGAGAGGAAACAACAUAAAAUACCUACGAGUACCAGAUGAAGUCGUGGAUGCGGUCAAGGAGCAGCAGGCGCAACAACAGUCACAACGGGGAGGCAGGGGUGGCAUGCAACAGAGAGGCGACCAUGGCGGAGGCCGUGGAGACAGAGCACGGGGACGAGGACGAGGCGGCCCAGGCAGAGGUCGUGGUCGCGGCGGCUGA